GCCUGUCCUUAUGGAGUCUCUUGGAGUUACCAGGUCGAUGAGAGCUUUUUGAUUGCUCGUUGAUGCCAUCUCCUCCACCCUCCACAUGUCUCUCUGGUUCGAAGCCAUUUAGCUGGGUCCAGUCCCCAGUGCUUGAUUUUUUAUUCAUAUUUUUACGCAUACAGGAGACCACUUCCCCACGCUCCUUUGUGCGUAUAACGGAGAGAAAACACGUCGGACACGAACGAACAAAAAAGCAUGGCGUCAAACUCUGGCCCCUCGCAGCUACCAGGCUUGCCGGGCUACGACCCGCAAAACCUCCAGCCGUGGAUAGUCCAAGUCGUCGUUUCGGUCACCCUUCUCGCAGUACUGGCCGUGGCUUUGCGGCUCUACAGCCGUCAAGUCAAGGGACAGCAGCUGUGGUGGGAUGACUAUCUGAUAGUCUGGUCGAUGGUGUGGAAUCUUUUCGUCGUCGGCUUCAUCUUCGCCAUGUACUCGGCCGGAAUGGGCCUUCACGCCGAUAAGGUCGAGAUGGAUAGCAUCGUCAUGAUGGCCAAGUACCUCGUCGUGGCGGAGAUCCUCUACGCCUGGAACCUGGGGUGGACGAAGCUGAGCCUGAUGCUGAUGUACUACCGCAUCUUCCACAUCCCGUUUUUCAAGAAGAUGACGUGGUUCGUCAUCGUCUUCGUCUUCGCCUGGGUCGUCUGCAUCACGUUCCUCUUCAUCUUCAUCUGCGUCCCCGUCGAGAAACUCUGGUACCCCCAGCUCCCGGGCCAUUGCAUCAACCAAGUCGCGACGUGGAUCGCCAACGCCGCGUCCACCAUCUUUACCGACCUGCUCAUCUUGCUUCUCCCUCUGCCCCAGGUCUGGAAGCUGCAGCUGCAAAAGGCGGAGAAGAUUGCCCUGACUUUUGCUUUUGGCCUCGGCUUUUUUGUUGUUUUCACCUCGGCCUACCGAACCAGUGUCCUCUUCACAUAUACUGCGGCAGAUCCGACUUACACCCUCGCCCCGACCGUCGGCUGGACCGCCAUCGAAAUGUCGGCGGGCAUCGUCUCGGCCUGCCUCCCGACCCUCCGCCCAGCCAUGCAACACCUCGCCCGCGCCUGCGGUAUCACGGGCAGCAUGGGCGGCAUGUUCCGCGCCGGGACGGCCCUCGGCUUCGGCUCCAGCCGAAACAAGUCCAACUUCAGCAACGGCACGACGUCGCAGGACCCCAACAACGGCGGCUCCCAGGCCGCGCGCAGGUUUUCCGUCUCGAAGCACGGCGCCGGCAAGGACACCUUCUAUCGCCUGUCGGACGACAACGCGUCCGAGGGCGCGAGCCAACAGCAGGCUCCCUCGCCGGGCCAGUCAAAGUUCAGGCCCGACACCACCGGGUUCGGGUACUCCGUCGAGAGUUACCCGGCCAAGGAGAAGAACGACAAGAGCUCCGACGAGAUCCCCCUCCACGCCAUCCGCGUGCAGAAGGAGUUCAAACAUGCGACGGAAUAAGACGGAGAAAGUGUUGGGAAAUAUUGCAAAUGGGUAUUGAUAACAGCUGUUGCAUAUGGUUUCACCAGACGAUAUGUUAUUCAUGAUGUGCCUUGGGUUACCAACGCCCUCCUCCACAACGUGUGGUCAUAAUCGGGCCUCGGUCAGAGAUUGGCAUGCUGAGAAAUGUUUGAUGGACGCUAAAACAAAGGCUGAAGGCCGACAAACGGCGUGUAAUCAGAGCCGCCGACCCGAGAAUGUCGGCUAAGGCUUAGAAUACUGGUGUGGUGGAAGCUCGAAAGAAGCGACUGCAAUACAUAAUCAGACUAAUACUGAUGGCAUGCAAUUGUCAGCACAAUAAUGGCGCAGCUCCCAAUCGUCUAGCUCUGGCGAUAUGCGA